AAAUAUUGGUCACAUUCUCAAUAUACAACAUAUCCAACAUUAAAUUCACAAAGAUAAAAAAGCUUUACAAAAUGCCACCCCACGAAGGCCUUGUUCAUCUGAAAGAGUAUGACAUCAAAGACAGCAAUGUCGAGCUAAUUGGCAGUGAUAUUGAUCACAAAGUUAAAUACAAUUCUGCAGCUACGGAACCUGCGUGGAAUGAUGGCCAAAUUGGUACACAGGCGGGUCUGCAUAUUUGGCGAAUUGAGAAUUUCCAUGUCGUACCAUUACCCAAGAAUCAAUAUGGCCAAUUCUAUGAUGGUGACAGCUAUAUUGUCCUCUACUCUUAUACGGUAAAAGACAAUGAUGGCGGCGCUGCAGACAAGCUCGGACAUGAAAUCUUCUUUUGGCUUGGGUCCAAAACGUCGCAAGAUGAGGCCGGCACAGCGGCGUAUAAGACCGUGGAGUUGGAUGAGUUUCUACAUGGAGCAGCCACGCAGCAUCGCGAAGUGCAGCAGUAUCCCUCCGAGGAAUUCGUCGCCUUGUUCCCCAGAUUGUCGAUCAAAAGUGGCGGCGUUGCGUCUGGUUUCCGGCAUGUUGAAGAAGAGACACCUAAGGAGAUCACAACCCUGCUUCGUAUUUUCAAGCAUCCUGCUGCUGGACGCGCGGGUUCUCUUAUUGUACAUGAAGUAGAGCCUACGUGGCGGAGCCUGGAUGACAAUGAUGUCUUCGUUCUAGACAAGGGCGAGAAAAUCUGGGUAUGGCAGGGCAAUAAAAGCAGUCCAAUGGAAAAGGCCAAAGCGGCCCAGGUGGUGCACGACCUGACCCUUGCCAAACACAUCGACGUUGAGGUUCUGUCUCAGGCCGAGGCACGGUCGAAGAUCGUCGUUGAUUUAUUGGGUGGCAGGGAUGUGGAUCAACUCUCAUUCCAAUCUGCACGGCCGCUUCAGGCAACUGGUCAUGGAGAUUCUAAGAGUGACGUGUCAUCUCGGCCUAAGAGACUGCUCAGAAUCAGCGAUGCUUCCGGACAGGUGCUCUUUGAGCUAGUCAAGGAGGGCCAAUCCAUCAGACCAUCGGACUUGGAUGGCAAGGACAUUUUUGUUUUUGACACUGGAAAGAAGAUUUGGGUUUGGGAAGGUUCCCACGCUACUCGAAGCGAGAAAGCAUCGUGGAUUCAAUUCACUCAGGCAUAUGUCCGCUAUAUUCAAGAUAGCGAUGCAAAUCCAAAUGCUGCUGUUACACCUGUUGCAAAGGUCGUGCAAGGACAUGAGAAUUCGGCAUUCUUCAAGGCAAUUGCUCUAUAAUAGUGUCCAUAAAAUGUAAUACACUGCAUCUUCUUGUCUCCUUAGAGUGAAAUGUUUUAUCUGUCAUGUUUCGAUUACUCUUGACAUACGAUAUUGGAUCUGAGCUAGCUGGUUUUAUUAUGCCAUAAUUCAAUGAGGGAUGGCUACAAGAUAUAAAAGACGACAAAUGGGGUUUAUAAAAACAAGAUAGAAUUCUAACUUUAUAAUUUCCAUUCCUCACA